CUUAAAAUUUUUUAAAAAUCACUUAUCACCGCAAAUAAGUAAUGCCAAACUGGCACUGAGACGUUUUAGGACCUUGACUAUGCAUAUUUUGAAUUUAUACAUCUGCGAUGUAACACACAAACCACUGCCCAGAAAAAAUAAUUAAUUACGAAAUAACUUCUGCUCAAAUCGGAUCGGAAGGCCAACUUGUGCAUAAUUUGUAGCUGGUCUGAUCUGAACCAGUAUCAAUUAAUGGAUGCCAGGAAAGCCCAUAAAGCCUCCUCUUCAUCCUCACCAUCCUCCUCAUCAAAACGUUGGAAGUACGACGUGUUCUUGAGCUUCAGAGGUGAAGACACACGCAAGGGCUUCACAGGCCACCUCCACGCCGCAUUAUCUGAUGCCGGAAUCAGCGCCUUUCUUGACGACAACGAGCUAGAAAGAGCGGAAUUUAUAAAACCCCAACUGGAGCAGGCAAUCGACGGGUCCAUGAUCUCCAUAAUUGUCUUCUCCGAGCGUUAUGCCGAUUCCAGUUGGUGUCUUGACGAGCUGGUUAAGAUCAUGGAGUGUAGAGAACGAUUGGGGCAACAAGUUAUUCCAUUGUUCUAUAAUGUUGAGGCUUCAGAUGUCCGGAAACAAACUGGUAGUUUUGCACAAGCUUUUGAGAAACAUGAAGUGGGCAAACAUGAUAAAGAAAAGGUACAGCGAUGGAGAAAUGCUCUCAGUCAAGCAGCAGAUUUGUGUGGGGAAGAUCUUAAAAAUGCUGACAAUGGGCGUGAAGCAAAGUUUAUCAAGAAAAUUCUUGGGGAGGUUAAUAAGCAGUUGUACAGCAAAUACCAAUUAGACAUCGAACACCUUGUUGGAAUUACUUCUCGGCUGAACAAUGUUGUUCGCAUGAUUGAUAUUGAAAAUUCAGGUUCUAAGGAUGUUGUUCGCAUGAUUGGUAUUUGGGGGAUGGGCGGCAUUGGGAAAACAACGCUUGCCAAAGCCAUUUAUAACAAAUUUGAAGGUAGCUUUGAAGGUAGGAGUUUCCUUGCAAACGUGAGGGAAGUAAUUGCAAACCAACCCAUUACUGGUCUGGUUGGUUUGCAAAAACAACUUCUAAAUGAUAUCUUGAAAAGCAAGGGCCACAUAAAGUUUGACUCUGUUGCUAAAGGGAUCGAGAUGAUAAGAAAAAGACUUCCCUGUAAAAGAGCACUUGUCAUAAUUGACGAUGCAGAUGAUCUACAGCAACUAAAAGCAAUAGCUAGAGCUCGUGAUUGGUUUGGUCCUGGAAGUAGAAUUGUUAUAACAACAAGAAAUCAACAUUUGCUAGACCAAGUUGGAGUGGAUGGCAUAUAUAUGGCUCAAGAAAUGGAUGAAAAAGAAGCUCUAGAGCUCUUUGGUUGGCAUGCCUUUGAAAGUGGUUAUCCUAAUCAAGAAUAUCUUGACCUCUCAAAACGUGUAAUUCGUUACUGUCAAGGCUUGCCUCUAGCACUUGAAGUUGUAGGGUCUUUUCUGAUUAAAAGACCCACAGCGGAGUGGGAAAGCCAUCUGGAGAAAUUGGAAAGAAGUCCUGAUGGAGAUAUUCAAAAAAUACUCAGAAUAAGCUUUGACGGGCUACCUGAUCAGGAAAAGAGAGAAAUAUUCCUUGAUAUAUCUUGUUUCUUUAUAGGAAUGGACAAGGACUAUGUAACACAAAUAUUAAAGGGAUGUGGCUUCUCUGCAGUGAUAGGAAUCCGUGUCCUCAUUGAACGGUGCCUUGUAACUGUUAGUGAGCAAAAGGAGCUGAUGAUGCAUGAUUUGCUUCGAGACAUGGGAAGAGAGAUCGUUUAUGAAAAUGCCCGCGGUCAGCCUGAAAAAUUUAGUAGAUUGUGGAAACGUGAAGACGUAACAGAUGUAUUGGGAGACUCUGUAAGUACUUUCCAAGUAAAGUUUUAGAAUGCAUCAUGAAAGAAAAGCAUAUGUAUCCCGUGUCUAUAAUAAAUUAAAGGGCUUGUCCAAUAUAGAUCCCUAUAUUUUCUAUUUCCUAGACA